GAUUGCCCCAAAUUGGCUUCUUUCUUCGCAUUUCCCGAUAUCAAACGCCGCCUGGAAGCAGUGAAGCCUCCGCCUUUCCUCGCCGUGUAGCCGUCCCCACGGAGCCCCCCACGCUGCCAGCAGCACUUCACCGUCUUCCUCUCUUUAUUUUCCAUCUCACAACACCUUUUCCAGUACUUACAUCCGUCUAGAAGCCUCACAAUAGCCCACCAUGAGCGCGCAUUCAGCCAACCCACCUCUUUCCCCUCUCUCGGAUGACGAGUACCACUACAGCGACGUGGAGGACGAUGAAUACCAGUAUUCGGAGGAGGAUGAGGAAGAAAUGGCCUCCGUCCAGUCGAACCCAAACGCCAAGAAGCAACACGCUGCGGACUCUCUCUCCCCACUUGGCAGCGGCUCGGCCGCCAAGAAGAAACGUCUGAGUCCCAGCGGACUGGGCCACGCCGGCAGCCACAAGCAGCAAGAGUACCACGUCAUCGAUGAGGAGGAGCUACUGCAGGAGCAACGCGCGCUCAUCAAUGAGAUCGCGCAGGUACUAGAGAUCCCGGCACCUGUGGCCUCUGUGCUGCUGCGCUACUUUGGCUGGAAUAAGGAGAAACUAUUCGAGGGUUAUUAUGCAGACCCGGCUACCACCAAGCAUGAGGCAGGCGUUGAGUUUGCGGAGAAACCAGCGCCCGUUAUCCCCAAGGACACCACGGUGGACUGUAACAUUUGCUGCGAUGAAUACUCGGCUAACGAGGUCUUCGGUAUGGGCUGCGGGCAUGUGUAUUGCCUCAACUGCUGGAAGCCGUACCUGUCUUUGAAGAUCCAGGAAGGACCGAUCUGCGUGACCACGACGUGCCCCGCGCACGGCUGCAAAGAGGUGGUGAGUGAUGUGAUCUUUAAGAAGAUCGUUGGACCCGAGGACUACCGCAAGUACGCGCGCUAUCUGCUGCGGUCGUUCGUGGACAUUAAUAAGGGAGUCAAGUGGUGUCCAUCCCCUGGCUGCAGCAAGGCUAUCACCAGUGCUGGUGGACUCUCGUCUGUGACGUGCACAUGUGGAUGCGUCUUCUGCCUGCGCUGCGGUGAAGAGGCCCAUGCGCCUGUUACGUGUGAACAACUCUCAGCCUGGCAAGAGAAAUGCCGCAACGAGUCCGAGACGGCCAACUGGAUCCUGGCCAACACGAAGAAGUGCCCCAAGUGCUCUGUCCGUAUCGAGAAGAACCAGGGCUGCAACCACAUGACGUGUCGAAGUUGUAACUACGAGUUCUGCUGGAUUUGUAUGGAAGGAUGGGACAAGCACGGAUCUGGCACUGGCGGCUACUACAAAUGCAACCGAUAUGACGCGGACUCGCAGGCAGCCGACACGGAUGCGGCGCGAGCGAAGGCAGAGCUUGACAGAUACCUCCACUACUACCAGCGAUUCGCCAACCACUCAGAAGCAGGCAAGUUUGCUCAGCGGAUGCGUGAAGGCACGGAGAACCGCAUGAUUGAACUGCAGGCGAGUCACGGGGAUUCGUCGUGGAUUGACGUGCAGUUCCUAAACGCAGCGACAGAACAGCUGAUCGAGUGUCGGCGAGUGCUCAAGUAUACGUACGUCUUUGGGUACUACUUGCCAAAUGGGAAGGAGAAGAACUUGUUCGAGUACCUACAGGAGAAUCUGGAGAAGAACGCGGAGCAUUUGACUGGACUGUCGGAGAUGCCGCUAGACAAGAUGAACCGCUCGGAAAUCAUCAACUAUACGCGUGUGACAGAGACGUUCCUGCGCAACCUGCUCACAGGUGUCGAGGACGGUCUGACGUCUAAUGCUCCGCUGGUGUAGGCUCUUUCCAAAGCUGCAAUGCUGGGUUUUCUAGCUUCUCGGUAUGCAUGCAUCAUGCACGUACUUGCUUUUGUGUCGCGGUUUUUUAUUUGCUCUGAUGUUAGGUAGGCUGGGCGGUGUAUGUUGCUCAGGAGAGAGCCCCUGGACGUAAACGUCGGCAAGAGGCCGUUUACAGGUAGUGGUGCUCCCUGCAGCGACGUACAGCGCUAAGGAAGGAUGAAAUAAUGAAGUAUGGAGGAUGCCUGGAUUUGCAUACUUAUAUUUUGGAGAAAAUCGUCGUAAUGAACUGAGCCCCACGAGAAAUACGCCGCAUGCAGAGAACAAGAACCCAUCUCGAAAAAAAUCAAUCGUCGUCAUCGCCACGUAGUGUCCGAGCGGCUGAGCGAAUGGACUUGCGCGCCACCGGUUCCUUGACACCCACGAAAUUUAAAUCCUCCAUUUCAAUGCCAGUCUGAAGAAAGCAAAGAAAAUUAAUAAGAAUAAAAGAAAUCCAGAUUAAAAAAACACUCACCU